AUGGAUCAGUCAGAACAGUCAAGCUCAAUCACAAAAAUACUCUCCCCCGGUUCAGUAAGUGGUACACCGCGAAGCAGCGGAGAAUUCUACAACAUGAGCAACAAUUCCACGGAAACUCUGGCUUCUGAGUACGUAAGUCCGGAGACGUCUCAGAUGCUCAAGCCACCAGUACACUCUCGUCAAACAUCAUCUUUAGGCCCAAUGAGAAUACCUAAAGCUGAGAAGCUCAUGAUGGGCUACGUUCAGAUCACAGGAUCGUUCACCCUUGAUGGCUCGCUUGUAAACCAAAGCCCUUUCGAAGAGGUGAAGCGGAAGGCAAUCGUAGGCGGACAAGGGGGCGGCGGCUUGGUACGUACGCAGUCGAAAAAGCGCGACAGUGGUAUCCUGAGCUCCAUGGGUUGGUGGAGCCUUGGAGAAACCUUCGGAGGUCUUUUAGGUGAUAAUGGAAUGAGUAGCAUAAAAGACGCUAAGAAGACAACAAGCACCAAGUCUAUUCCAAUUUUGUCUGCACCACAAUCUAUUCUAUUCGUGGAUCUUCAAUUGGGUCCGGGCGAGAGUAAAAGCUACGAAUUCAGUCAUCCUUUACCCCGAGGUAUCCCACCCUCUCACAGAGGGAAAGCCAUAAAGACGAUCUACAACAUUGUCAUCGGAACUCAGCGUACCUCUACAGCUGCUCAGCAUAACAAAGUACAGCGGGUAGAAGUGCCUUUCAGAAUUCUGUCAUCAAUAAAUGGUGCUGGCGAUGUUCUUGGCCAUGAUCUCAUGACUCCACAUGUUUUGCUUUCGAACAGUGCUACUGUAAUUAGUCUUGGUAACUCUCAAGCAAAUGUUAAAUCUGCCAAUGGGUCCUUGUCAAAAGCGCCCACCGAUUCAAAUGAUUUUAUGUCCUACAUCGACAAGCUUUUGGAACACUCAGACCGAGAUGACGGUGCAGGGCUUCAAUCUCCCACGGAAGACGAGACAAAGACUCUUGUAUCUUUGCGGUCUCUACCUACUAGCAUGAAGGAGUCUAUCGACUUUGCCAUCCUCAAUAACAACUCCGGCCCGUCUGCGAAACGUAAUGUCAAUCGAUUUGAAAUUACACGGAGUGGGCAGAAAGUCGCCGUCAUUAUGCUUUCGCGGCCAGCCUACAGGUUAGGAGAGACAAUACCAGUGGUCAUAGACUUUCAACAUGCGGACAUUGCCUGCUACACGCUACGUGCUACCUUAGAAACAUCAGAGACGGUAGACCCAACCAUAGCCCUGCGGUCGAAAGCAAGUAUCCAGAGGUACACUCGACGCAUUCAUGCCUCCCACCACGAGUCCACGAUCUCGUCUCAGAGGGUUGUAUUCAAUCCAAUGAUCCCGACAACCGCCACACCCGAAUUCAUCACUACAGGGGUGAAUCUUGAAUGGUGCCUUCGCUUUGAAUUUGUCACGGAAAGAUCAGAUACCCUCGACAAUCUGGGCCAAGAUACUAACGAAUUGAUGGAGGAAGUAGCUCGAGACGAACGCGGCACCGUGAAGGCUGCUGUGCAAGGUCUGUACUGCGAGUCUUUUGAUGUUGCGGUGCCGUUGCGCGUGUACGGUGCAACGGCGGCGCUCGAUGAGAAAAGUGAUGCAGGGCCGUUUGCCAUAUGA